UGUUCAGUGACGUGUCUUGAGGUCAGAGUUCACCGGAAGCUGUUGGCUGCUGCAGGGAGACAGAAAAACAGAAAAAAACCUUUAGAAUCAUCGUAUAGUUUGCACGUUGACAUGCGUCUUUAUGGAUGAAGGGUUUGUUUUGAGUUCUGUUCGAUUGUAUCGAUGUGAGGAUGUCUGUAUCACCUUAAGACGAGCGCUUAAAACUGCUUUUAAACCCGGAAGUGGAGCAGAGCAGCAUGUGUUAGCUUAGCCGCUAACACUUUUUAUAUCUUCUAAAUUCCAUAUGAGAGAGCGAUUUAGUUUUUAAACACUGAUCUCACGCUCAUUUUGCACGUUAAAGUCACAAAUUGAGCCUGCCAUGCGUGCCAGUGCUGAGGCGCGUCGUUUAUCGGGCUGUGAGACGUGAGAUCAGUGCAAUACACUCGUUCAGUUGUCAGAUAAUCAUCACUCUCACUCUCAUCAAUGUGAAUCUCAUUAAACUGUUAAUUACUCUGAUCUUCUCUGGGUCAUUCGGGAGCCUGCAGACAUGAGUGGUAAAUUUGGGCUUGGGAAUUACAGCUCAAGGAAGCACAUCUCCAUAUCCAUGCCCUCAUCCACAGAGGUCAUGUCACCUCAUAUCAAAUCUGUGGAGGAACUCAGAGUGCUGGGCAUCAACCUGAACAGCUUCAACACACCGACACAGUUCUUCAUCUGUGUGGCCGGUGUCUUCCUCUUUUACCUCAUCUACGGCUACCUGCAGGAGCUGAUAUUCUCAUUGGAGGGAUUUAAGCCAUUUGGCUGGUAUCUGACUUUAGUGCAGUUUGGAUUGUACUCCUUGUUUGGUUUAGUGGAGUUGCAGCUUACUCAGGAUAAAAGGAGGAGGAUACCAUGCAAAACCUACAUGAUCAUCGCUUUUUUAACAGUUGGGACCAUGGGCCUAUCCAACACUUCUUUAGGAUACUUGAACUACCCUACACAAGUCAUAUUUAAGUGCUGCAAACUCAUUCCUGUCAUGAUCGGAGGAGUUUUUAUUCAAGGGAAACGCUACAAUGUUGCAGACGUGUCUGCUGCUCUCUGCAUGAGUCUGGGUCUGAUCUGGUUUACACUGGCAGACAGCAAGAUUGCCCCAAACUUCAAUGUAACGGGGGUAAUUUUUAUAUCUCUGGCCCUCUGUGCGGAUGCAGCUAUUGGAAAUGUGCAGGAAAAAGCCAUGAAACUUCAUAAUGGGACCAAUUCAGAGAUGGUUUUGUAUUCCUAUUCUAUUGGUUUUGUGUAUAUUUUGCUGGGGCUGCUGUCUUUUGGGGGGCUUGGACCUGCUGUUUCCUUCUGCUCUCAGCAUCCAGUGACGACAUACGGUUACGCAUUCUUAUUUUCACUGACGGGAUAUUUUGGCAUUUCAUUUGUCCUGGCUCUGAUAAAGCUGUUUGGAGCACUGGUUGCUGUCACAGUGACUACGGGAAGGAAAGCCAUGACUAUUGUGUUGUCAUUUAUGUUCUUUUCAAAACCUUUCACUUUCCAGUACGUCUGGGGUGGUCUUCUAGUGGUGUUUGGCAUCUUCCUUAAUGUAUACAGUAAAAACAAAGACCAAAUGAAACUUCCCUCCUUAGCAGAGCUCAGAAAACUAGUGCUUAGCAGGAGGAAGGUGCGCCUGUUGUCUCAGGACGUGUAGGAGGAAAAACUUUAAAAUUUAAUUCAUGGGCGGCUUCUACAACCUACAUCAACUGAUGCACAGGUGUGCUUUGGAGUCCGAGAUGGGUCAGAUGACCUCACAGAGUCGAAUCAGCGCACAUGGAGCAUGGGGAUCUAUUUGAAUCAAAGGGACCAUAAACUAGAGCCAAAAAAGCAAGGAUUUGCACUGGACAAAGGUGGAGCCUGAAGGUGGAAACGGUUUCAGUAGAACAUUACUUUUUUUAACAAUUCAUGUCCAAAUGAAUGUUGCCCUGAUGGGAGCCAGUGACAUUUUAAGUGAAUACAUUUCACCUGUAUGUGCCGUAAAAAACAACAGCAGCAGUUGACGUACAAGUCAGGACUCUGUUUUUUGAGUUAACUGCAAUUGCACAGGUGAAAAGAACUCAAUGAUUCUGUCUGUUUAAAGGGCUGACAUUCAGAAAAGGAUCAACUCAUCAGCUGCCAUAUUCGCUAACUGUUUGUUUGGUGAAAGGGUGGCUGUUUUUACAUUAAAAACAAACUAGGAAGUUGA